AUGCGCUUGUCAAAGGUUCUACCCAUCGGGGCUCUCGUGACCCUAGGACGUGCUCUCCCAGCUCCAUCUAAAAGAGUUCCCACGCGAGACUUCUUUCCGGACAACAGCAACUCAAAUAACAACUAUGGGCCUGAUUACUACUAUCCCAAUGACAACUACCCAAACCAGGCCACAUCAUCGUCCUCCAGCUCGCCGUCUCCCUACCAAGACUCUUCAUUCUCAUCAUCUUCCUCCUAUCAAAACGAUAACACCACCUCAGGCCCCUCCUCAUACCAACCAAGAGCAGUCCCCACCGGCCUGAUAAUCAACUCCUGCACAGUCCCCGGCAUGGUAGCCCUAACCUUCGACGACGGUCCCUACAUCUACACCAGCCAACUCCUCGACACCCUAGCCUCCUUCUCGCCCCCAGUUCACGCCACCUUCUUCGUCAACGGCGCCAACUGGGUCUCGGGCAUCGACGACGAAUCCACCCCAUACCCCAACAUCCUCCGCCGCAUGCUGAGCGAGGGGCACCAAAUCGCCUCCCACACUUGGUCCCACACCGACCUGUCGAGUGCCACAACCGCCGUCCGCGUCGAACAAGUCACCCGCCUCGAAGAUCUGUUGCUUCGAGUCGUCGGCGUCAGACCGAGAUAUAUCCGGCCUCCCUACGCCGCCUGCGAGAAUGGAUGUCUGGAAGAUCUCGAGGGCAUGGGCCUCCACGUGGUUAAUUUUGAUUUGGACACCAAGGAUUACGAAAACGAUAGCGAGGGCGCGAUCCAAGUCAGCGUGAACAAGUUCAAUAAUGAGCUGGGAUGGAAUACCGCCACGGACUCAGCGAUUGUUUUGGCGCAUGAUGUGCAUAGGUGGACGGUGGAGAGGCUGGUUGAAGAGAUGGUUGGUACCAUCAGAAAUAGGGGGUUUAGCACGGGCACGGUGGGGGAGUGUUUGGGUGAUCCUGAGAGUGGGUGGUAUGCUUAG